AUGUACUUUACAAGGUUCAGUGACCCUCGUGCUCAAAGAGUCUGCUAAAUGAAUAGCUGUAAAGCUGAUUCGGUUUACGCUAUUAAAAGCAUAAUUAAAGAAAGUCCUUAUCAAUUAACAGCAAUAAUUUUUGUUGGAUCAGCAGUUUGUUUUGCCUAUGCAAUGUAAGUUUUUGAGAGACAUUAUUCACAAGUAUCUGGCUAAGAUUUUGAUUCUUUUUGGAAUUGUAUUUGGCUUAUUAUUGUUACAAUGACAACAGUCGGCUAUGGAGAUCUGUAUCCUAAAUCAAACGGCGGUAGAAUAGUUGGUAUUCUGACUUGUAUUUGGGGAAUCUUUCUUGCUUCUUUUUAUACUGUUACACUUACCAAUUUCCUUAGUUUCACUCCAGCUCAGAAAAAAUCUUAUAAUCUUAUGUAAAGGCUUUAUUGGAAAGACAUGAUCUAAAAAGAGUCAGUAAAGGCAGUUGCUACCUUGUAUAGACAUAAACUUUUAGCUAGGAAAUAAGACAUAUUUGAUUUAAAUACAAAGAUUGAUCCAAAGCUUUUAUCUUCAGCUAGAAUAUUCAGAGAGCACAUGGUGAAAUUCAAGGAAACUACCAGAAACUUAUUUAAUUACAAUGAGGGUAAUAAUGAGAGCUAAUUUAUGAAAAAUGAAAUAGAGCGAUUGGGGGUAAGAGUUGAAGAAAUAAGCGAUGAAUUGGUUAAAUAAAGAAAAGACUAGGUAGAUAUUAAAGAAAAACUAGAUUUCAUUAUUAACGCUAUAAAGGGUGGAACCACCAAUUUAGUCAAAAAGAAGACUAAAGUCAAACCAAGAACCCCCAAAGGUGCUGAACGUCCACUUUUAUGA